AUGGAUUAUCUGGAAAACAUGGCAGCCAGGGAUGAAAUAUGUAAAAUAUGUUGGAAUUCAAAACAAAAGUGUGCAUACGAGAAAACUCCGUCUCAAAGGCUAGCCGCUGGUGCGACAUUCAAAUUUCCAGUCACCUUUGCUCCAAAUGAAAAAAGAAUCUACACCGAUUCUCUGUCGAUUCAACUAAACAUUCCUGGUACAUUUCAGCAAAAUGCACUGUGUACUUACGGUACGAAAAACCUCCACACGGCUGAAGUGAAUUUGUGUGGAAUAGGAAUUUAUGUGUUUGUUGACAAGGAGGAAAACUCGAACCGUCGGUGUAGAAAUGAGGUUUCAGUGGAAUUUCCAACGACAAUUGUGGGUUGCAUGGCAGAGAAAAAUGUCACGGUUGAAAAUUUGUCACCAGUCAUUGAUGGUAUUGUUGGUGACCAAAACAUCUGUGAAGGCUUCAGAAGAAUGAAAUCUCUGUUGGACUGGUUCAAAUCGAGAGAUGGCUGUAAUACAAAUUGUGAACUAGCCUAUCGGAUGAUGAAUGCUGUACCGUCUGCUUGGUGA